GCGCGGCGGCCCCGGGCUGCGGCGGGGCCGGCGGGGAGGGGCGGUGGCGGCCAUUGGCUGGGCCCGGACCGGCCCCGGUGUCCUGCCGGCGCGGAGAAUGGAGGCGCCGCCGCCGCGGGGCUUCUCCGAGGAGCAGUUUCAGGCCGCCUGCCGGGAGCUGGACCAGCCGGCGCCGGCUGCGGGGGGGCCGUGGCAGCUCCUGGUGGAGAGCAUGGGCGUGAGGAUCUACCGGCUGUACGACGAGCAAUCAGGACUUUAUGAAUAUAAAAUCUUCGGUGGUCUUGCUGACUGUCCCCCAAAACUGUGUGCGGAUGUCUACAUGGAUUUAGAUUUCAGAAAACAAUGGGAUCAGUAUGUUAAAGAACUAUAUGAGGAAACAUAUGAUGGUGAAAAAGUAAUCUACUGGGAAGUGAAGUACCCUUUUCCUCUCUCAAACAGAGAUUAUGUCUAUAUUCGUGAAUGUCGAGAGAUGGAUGUGGAUGGGCGGAAGAUCUGGGUUGUCUUAGCUCAAAGUGUGUCUGUUCCUCAGUGCCCUGAAAAGCCUGGUAUUAUCAGAGUUAAAAGUUAUAAACAAAGUCUGGCAAUUGAAAGCGAUGGCAAGACUGGAUCUAAAGUCUGUAUGUACUAUUUUGAUAAUCCUGGCGGCAUGAUUCCAUCGUGGCUGGUCAAUUGGGCUGCCAAGAGCGGUGUGCCUGCUUUCUUGAAGGAUAUGCAAAAAGCUUGCUGUAGUUAUUCUAAGAGGACAUAGGUCGAAGUUCAUCUUAAUUGUUUAAUUCCUAGAGCUCUGCGCUUACAGGAGUGGCCAUUGUGUGUUACACUGGAUAAAAAUCUACCUCUAAUAUUGGAAAGAAUUUGAUUUUAGUUGAUUUAUGCCUUGAAUUUUAUUAGAUCUCUGUUUCCAUCUCCAGCUGAAGAGCUAGCCACUGACAGGGGGACACCGCCAUCAGCUGCAUCCUUUUGAAAGUGCUUAGGUUUAGCUUUGUCCCCCAUGCUUUGCUUAUGCUCGUUGUUGUGUGUCAGCUUGAGGAGUUCUGCUGAUUCAAAUAUUACACCCUCAGACAAGAGACAAUGAUCUUGCUGGGGAAAAUGUCUGAACUUGGACUGAAAAUUCUCUGCAUGUGUUAUGCCUGGACCUACCUUUGUGGCCUUGCAGGGUGGCUUCCUACUGAAAUUGAGAAUUAGAGCUUGCGUUGCUUUGAAGGAAACGCUUUUGCUACCUGAGUUUGACAUUCUUAAACUGUCUGCCUGCUGGAAACCUAGAAACUGUUGAGGGCAUAUAGGAAAAUUACUAGAAGGCUGCAGUAGGAACUGACCUCUGUUACUAAGCAUCCUUGUCAUGGCUUUAAGUCCAGAUGUAAAAGUACUUGUGCGUAAAGCCUUGCAUUCACAUCUCCAUACCCCUGAAGGAAAAGUAAAAACAAUUGGCUUGUCCAGCUGGGAAAAAAGGAGGAGUUGGCUUCCAUGUCUGAUUGAAGGAAAACAAGUUAUAUCUUCAGAGUCAGUAGCCUUAUCUGUAAGUUGGAUACCAGCCUGAAAUUGGAAGUAAUUUUGAACUGGAUGCCUGCAACUCAAUGUGAAUGAACUUGGUGUGGAACGUGGGCUUGCUUGCAUCUUGAAAUUUCAUGCUGAUGUAAAGAAUGAAAUUGUAAUUUUGGAUGGUAAUCCAUGACAAGCGCAACUGAGGAGGAAAUGAAAUAUCCAGCAGCUUUGGGGGGAAUGGGGGAGGAUGAGGUGCAUAAAAGAUGAGCAGGCCUAAGGCUCAGGGAUUUAAAGUAUUCUGCAUUGUUAUUAAAUCUAAUCCUGUUAUUGAACAAAUCUUGUAAUGGGGUAGCUUUGUCCUGUUAAAAAAUAAAUGGUUGACAUGAUUGCCUUUA